AUUUCAUCAUAUCAAAUAAAAUGUCAUUCACCAACUCAUCAGCUAGCAAUUCUUUAUUAUUUUCAUAAACUUCAAUUAACUACAUCCAAACCCACUUCGACGAAGAAUUGGAAUUACAAGAAUUGGAAGCAGAAAAAGAGAUUUUCGCUUAAAUGUUUCAAACUCAUUAUAACACUACUAACAUGUUCAUCUAGACUGUUUAAGAAUCUGAUAUUUUAAAGUAAACCAAAAAACUGAGAAUCCUUAAACGAAAACUUCGCAAACUGAUGAGAAGUCAAAUAAGUAGAAGAAGAGGCAUGAAUAGUCAAAGGCAGGGAGAGUCUUUAAGUGGAAUGACAGCCUCCAACCAAUCUCAAUAUUAUCCUUAUUACGAGGGUCCAUAUUAUGGUAAUAGUCAUUAAGAAACUGAUAACUCGGAUAUAAAAUCUAUACCAGAACCGAUUAUAAAUCCAGAUAUUAGUAUUAUUUCGUCGUCAUCUACAUUGCAUUCAUCAUCUCAGACCAAGAAGACAGAUGUGAAUAAUGUGGAAGUUUAAAAGAUUGCAGACAAUAAUAGCAAUAUUAUCAAAAAUAAUAACAAUAUUAAUACUACUAAUAAUUAAUGUGAGGGAAUUGUGAAAAGAGCCUUCCAAUAAUAUGACCCAAACGAGUAGUGUUAGUGGUUUUAGCAUUAGUAGUAGUGAAAGACACCCUUCAAACUGGUAGCUGCAGUUAUGAGGGGUUGAAAAAGCCGUGCGUACACUCAAAGAAGUGACAAAGCUUUCAUCAACACCUAUAAAUUAUAAUUUUUCAAA